AUGUCUUUCCAAACAAACUCCGAAAGUAUGUUUAGAUAUCCCGAGCAAGUGCAACACGGUGAAAUUCUCACUGAACAAGAUCAGAAAUACAUAACAGAUUUCUUCAACACACUCACAACCGAAGAACCACCGAGUCAUAUGAUGGACAUUACGCAGAAUAAUGUAACUAGUAUUCCAUUUCCAGAAUCAUUACAUCAAUCUUCGCCCAGAGGAUUUUCUCCAGGAUACGGUCAUGGUUUUGAGGAAAACGUUGGAUAUGCUGGUCCCAGUGGGUACAUAUAUCAACCAAUCGGUUCUGCCUCUAUCACCAUACCGGCAAAUACUGGUCAUUUACAAUAUAAUUAUCAACAAGUCCAUGUAUAUAAUGAUUAUGCACAACAAUAUCCUCAAAAUCAUCAGAUACCGCCUUUGAAUAAUGGUGGAAUGAGUAAUAUUGGAAAGGCAAAAUCCACACCUGCAUCCGCACUGUACAUAAAGACCGAGCCAAUUAGUCUUCCCAAUCGAAGGCAGCGGUCUACUUCACCUCCACGAUUAAAUUCAAUGUCAAAACCACCUUUAAAGCGUACUCCUUCUCGGAGAAAAUCUAAUAAAAUUUCUGAUUCAAAUGGAAUUUCAACCGAAGCAAGAUCUGAUGAAGGAAAUAGUUCGUCUCCAACUCCACACCAAACGACUUCUUUUACAUCAGGUACAAAUGGAACAUCCUCGACUCCUGGAUCACCAAAAAUAUCAUCUACUUCAGAAUCAAAUAAUCAGACACCAUCAACACCUACGUCAAAUCGUGGUGGCAGAGGAAAGAAAGGAACUCAUGAACUUUUAACUGAGGCCGAAAAAAAAGCGAAUCACAUUGCAUCUGAGCAGAAAAGGCGACAGAAUAUACGUCUGGGUUUUGAUCAGCUAGUUGAAAUUGUUCCUACUUUAAGUCAAUGCCAUAGAAGCGAGGCAUUGAUUCUGCAAAAAUCCGUGGAGUAUAUUCAACAACUGUUAAUGCAAAAAAAUGAAUUGAAAGAACGGGUCAAGUCUUUAGAAUCCACACUGGGUGAUACGCCCGAUCAUUUGGAUGAUUCG